AUGCUGUGGCGUCGCGUGGCGUCGCUCACGGGGUCGUCGCGUGCAUUCUAUACAGGCGCCCGCGCCGAAGUUGUCGCGCCCGAGCUCCGGUCGGUGGGAGCGACUCCUCCGCCCGCGCGCCGAGCGUCCCGCGUGGCUCAGGGAGGAGAGCGCGCGAUCGCUAUGCAACCCGUUCCUGCGGCCGCCGCCGCCGCCGCCGCGCGCGCCGAACGCGAAGCGCGCGCGCGACGGCGCCGCGGCGGGCUCGUGUCGCCGCGCGAGGACGGCCCAACGGUCAGGAAAAGCAACUCCGCUGAUGGCAAAAAGGUGAAGAAGAAGCCGAGGAAGGUUGGGGCGCGUGAGCGGAGGGCGGCGCAGUCGCAGGGUACCCUCCACCUGCUGGCCGAGCUGCCUUUCGCCACCGCAGACGCAGACGCGUGGACGGAGCUGGGCUUCUCUGGCACGCAGCAGGGUGAGAAGAAAAAGGGAAGGAGAGCAGAGAGGGAACAAGGUGACGGGGAGGAGGUUGGAGAGAACGAGAAGAAGAAGAAGAAAGGGAUUCCUCGGCCAAACUACUUUGUCUCGUUCCCCAUCACCAACCAGCAGAUUAAGCAGGGGGUGGAGCAGGUUCAGGCUGUGGUGAUACAGAAGGAAGCUCGUCUGGCCAGAGCUCUGAUUCCACCAGCCACGCUCCAUGUCACACUGCUGGUCACACACCUAGCUACGCAGGAGGAGGUGGACGCCGCUGCAUUAGCAGUAGAAGAGAUGGAGUCCACUCUGAAGUCCCUGAUGGGUGGGCGGAGCCUUGUGUUGCCAUUUCGUGGUGUUGGUCACUUCAGACAGGAAGUAGCCUUUAUUCAGAUUGAAGAGGGAGAGCAUCUUCAUACCCUCACGCAGAUCGCAGACGUGGUGAGAAGGGCGUUUGAGGAGAAGGGAAUUCCGUCCGGAGAUCGGAAAGCCUUCACACCCCACCUGACGUUCAUCAAGCUUUCGCGAGCGCCUAUACUGCGCCGGCAGGGAAUUAAGAAGCUGGACCCUGCCCUGUACACAGCAUUCGAGCAGCACGUCUUUGGUGAGGAACCCGUGUGUAGCCUCGAUCUUUGCUCGAUGUUGAAGAAGAAGGAAGCUGAUGGACACUACCACCGCGAGAAAUCUGUCACCUUCGGUGCUAAGCGUGGUCCGGAGCUCGAUGACGAAGAGCUGGUGAGUCUGAGUAAGCGUCUCGUGGAGGACGCCGUGUCUCGCGCCGUGCGCCAGUUCACGGAGGAGACGCAGAGAAACGGAGUGGCGACUAAAAACGAGGCCCCUCCCUCAGCCAGCCCCGACCCCAUCGCCACCAAAUGACCCCGUGACCUCUGACCCUGCCCCUCAUCCCCCCCGGGUGAGAGCCUUGGGUAGGGAAGAAUCAGUGAGGAGGUACAAGGGACAAUAAAGUGGAGCUGAAGACAGGACUCCUAAGAGAGAGGGUGUGUGACCCCUGACCUAAGCUUCCGUUCCCCUCCAGACGGACGGACGGAGACGCCGAGGAGAGAGAAAGUGGAGGAAAAGCUUCACGUUCAUGUCGCCUCCUGGCAGCGGGAGUCCAACACACACACACAUACACACACACACACAGACAGGCGUGUCGUGGAGUCUGGUUUGGUGCAGAGCGUCUCUCUCGGAGUGUAGCAUCCAUCACAGCAAGAGUCUGAACUGACCACUACAGUGUCUCUGCCAGCAGGACAGGGUGACCAGAACCAGAGCCUGAAAGCGUGCGCACACCCCCACACGGACAACGUGGCUCCCGUUACCAUGCGUGUGUGUGUGUGGGAAAGACACUGGGGAUUUCUUGAGGACGUUAAGAGUGUUCACAGUCAUGAGGGUAUCCCUUUGUUUUGGUUGUUUCUGUAAAGGACC